UUCGUUUGCAUGACAACGUCUAUUAGUUUCGAAGUUUCCAUUGUCAAGACGACAAUACCAAGUGUUUAUUAGUUUAAAUUAUAAAACUAACAUGUUUACUACCAAAUUAUUCAUUUUACUGAGUGUUGCUGUGGCUGUUACUUUCGCAGUUCCACAAAUGACUGGUGGCGUUUCACCUGUAGAGGAUCUAACUGAGGUUGAACAAGAAUUGAAAAACUCGUUGUCGAAAUUGGAUGCCGGCGAUGGACCUCAUUACAAAUUGAGCAAGGUCUACAAAGCAUCGAGACAAGUUGUUGAAGGCGUUUUGACUAAAAUUGAAGCUGAUAUCAUUGACGAAGAAGAAAAAACACAAAAAUGUAAUAUUACUAUUUGGUCGCGUCCAUGGUUAGAUAAUGGCAUUGAAGUUACCUUUGAAUGUGAAGGUAAACCAACAUUGACGAAGCACCACAGUGCCUAAGCAUUUUGAAUUUUUGAUUUUUUUUAUAAAAAGAAAUAAUGAUAAUAAAUAAAAAAGGUGUAUCUAUAAAACGUAA